AUGUAUUUCGUCGCUUGGAGUUUGUCGUUCUAUCCUCAGAUUUUCUUAAACUUCAGAAGAAAAAGUGUCACUGGACUCAAUUUUGAUUUCCUCCUACUGAAUAUUAUUGGAUUUUCAGCUUACAGUCUCUAUAACCUCUUCAUGUAUUUUGAUCCUAAUGUACAGGUGAGCUCCUCUUAG